AUGAGAGGUUCUGGUCUUCCCCUCUGUCUUCUUUCUGUGUUUUAUCUCUUCUGGACACCUUCUGCUGGGCUGAAAACACUGCAUUUGGGAAGCUGUGUGAUCACCACUAAUCUUCAGGGAAUUCGAAGUGGAUUUUCAGAGAUUCGGGACAGUGUGCAAGCCAAAGAUGAAAUCAUUGACAUCAGAAUCUUGAGGAAGACUCAGUUUUUGCAAGGCACAAAGCCUGCAGAUCAGUGCUGCCUCCUCCAUCAUAUACUGAGACUUUACCUGGACAGGGUAUUCAAAAACUAUCAACCCCCUGACCACCAUAUCUUUCGGAAGGUCAGCCGUCUUGCCAACUCUCUUCUCACCAUCAAGAAGGACCUCCGGCUCUGUCAUGCCCAUAUGUCAUGCCCUUGUGGGGAAGAAGCAAAGGAGAAAUACAGCCAGAUUCUGAGUCAUUUCGAAGAGCUUCCGCCUCCGGCAGCGGUGGUGAAGGCUUUGGGGGAGCUAGACAUUCUUUUGCGAUGGAUGGAAGAGGCAGACUAG